CCAAGUCGUCUUCUUCUUCUUGAAUAUAAAUUAAAAAAAAAUUAACAACUAGAGCAAUUAACAGCUCAUUUUGUUGAGAGAUGAGUAAGGUUUCCAACUCCAAGUCUUCUUCUUCUUCUUCUUCUUUUGCUUCUUCUUCUUCUCCUCCUUCUUCUCCUCCUCCUCCUUCUUCUUCUUCUCCUUCUUCUCCUCCUUUGUCUUCUUGUUCUCCUUCACCUGCUUUCGCUUGUCCUUCUUCUCCUUCUUCUCCUACUUUGUCUUCUUGUUCUCCUUCACCUGCUUUCCGUUGUCCUUCUUCUUCUUCUCCUUCUCCUUCUUCUUCUUGUUCUUCUUCACCACGGAAGCAUGAUGUCUUUCUUAGUUUCAGCGGUGAGGACACUCGUAAAAGUUUCACAGACCAUUUAUACAAGUCUUUGAGGGAUAAAGGAAUUUAUACCUUUAGGGACGAUAACGAACUUGAAAGAGGAAAGGACAUCAAACCGGAACUUUUGAAAUCGAUUGAAGAAUCAAGAUUUGCAAUUGUAAUUUUCUCCAAAAAUUAUGCUUCAUCGACUUGGUGUUUGACUGAGCUUGCUAAGAUUGUUGAAUGCAAGAAAAAAUUAGGUUUGAUUGUUCUUCCAGUUUUUUAUCACGUGGAACAAACAGAGGUAAUAAAACAAAAGGGGGACUUUGGAGAGGCCUUUGAUAAGCAUAAACCAAUUUCAAAAGACGAAAUCAAGAACGUCAACGAGUGGAGGGAGGCUUUGACAGAAGCAGCCAGUAUAUUAGGAUGGCAUAUCAAAGAAAAGGAAGGAAGGUAUGAGACGGUUGAUAUUGAGGAAAUUGCUACAUAUGUUUCAAGAGAGUUGAAUAUGACAUUCUCACUCAGUAACAAUGACCUUGUUGGAAUGGAUUCCCACAUAGAAAACAUGCGUUACCUAUUGAAUAUUACGCAACUAGAUGAUGUUCGCACAGUGGGGAUAUGGGGCAUGGCAGGGAUUGGUAAAACCACUAUUGCUGAACAAGUUUACAAAAUGAUUUCCAAAAAUUUUGAUGAUUGUGCUUUCAUAUCCAAUGUAAGAGAGAAAUCUAAAAAAAAUGGUAUGGUCAACUUGCAAAAUCGUCUCUACAAGUACUUAUUGAAAGAGGAAGGAGAUAUACAAAAUGUUGAAAUGGGAAGAAAUGUGUUAAGGAACAGAUUAUGUUCUAAAAGGGUGCUCAUCAUUUUGGAUGAUGUUGAAGAAUUGGAACAAAUAGAAGAUUUGGUUGGAAAUGCUGAAGAACAACAUUGUUGGUUAGGUCCAGGAAGCAGAGUCAUUGUGACAAGUAAGGAUAAGCACCUGUUGAAAACAUAUGGAGAGGAUAACAUAUACAAGGUUAGUGAUCUAACUCAUGAUGAAGCUCUUCAGCUCUUUUCAAGGAGAGCCUUCAAGAGAAAAUACCCUUUUGGUGAUUUCGUAAAGUUGUCUCACGACUUUGUUGACUAUGUUGAUCAUCAUCCUUUAGCUCUUAAAGUCUUGGGUUCUUUCUUGUUUGGAAGAAAUGUGGAUCAGUGGUCAGACACAUUAGUUAAACUACAGAGAAAUCCUGAUAGAAAUGUUACUCGUGUGCUUCAAGUAAGCUACGAUGGACUAGAUGAUGAGCAGAAGAAAAUAUUUUUGGACAUAGCAUGUUUCUUCAAAGGAGAGGAAGAAUAUCGGGUGAGCAAGGUAUUCGAAGGUUGCGGACUUCAUUCAAGGACUGAGAUAAGAUUGCUUAUUGAGAAAUCUCUUAUAACUAUAGUAAGAAAUAAGUUAUGGAUGCAUGAUUUAUUACAACGAUUUGGUCAAUACAUUGUUCAUGAAAAAUUCCCUGACGAGCCUGGUAAGCGCAGCAGGAUAUGGUUUCAUGAGGAUGUAUGCAAUGUACUUGUGAAUAAUACGGGAACAGAAGCUGUCCAAGGCAUAUUCCUUAGUUUGCCUAAGAGGGAAAAGCUAGACCUGAGGGUUGACCCAAUGUUACAAAUGAAAAUGCUACGAUUGUUGAAAUUUCAAAAUAUGGUCUUUCCUGAAUGUGUUGGAUAUCUUUCUAAUGAGUUACGACUUUUGGAAUGGCAUGGAUAUCCUCAAAAAUCUCUUCCUUCAAGUUUUUGUCCACAUAAACUUGUUGAAUUCAACAUGUCUAGCAGCCGCAUUGAACGACUAUGGAGGGAAACCACACAUGAUUUGCAGAUGUUAAUAUCAAUCAAUCUUAGUAACUGCAUGUACUUGAAACAAAUCCCUGACCUCAGUAGAGUUCCCAAUCUUGAAAGCCUUAUUCUUGACGGAUGCAAAAGGUUAUCAAAAGUUCACCCAUCAAUUGGAGAGCUCAAGAAACUUGUUAUGCUUAACUUGAAAGGCUGUGAAUCUCUCAAGAAUAUUUCUUCACAAUGCAUCAGCCUAGAAUCUCUUGAAAUUUUUAUUCUUUCAGGAUGCAAAAAACUUACUAGGUUUCCAGAGAUUGUAGGAAAUAUGGAUCGUUUAUAUGAACUUCAUUUGGAUGAGACUGCUAUAAAGGAGCUGCCAAUAUCAGUCAUGCGCUUCGGUGGACUUACUUUGUUGAGUCUGAAAGAUUGCAAGAACCUUUUGAAACUUCCAGAUGAAAUUUGCAGCUUGACAUCUCUGAAAAUCCUAGAUAUCACAGGAUGUUCACAUAUUGAGCAACUUCCAAAAAAUAUAGGGAGAUUGGAACAAUUGGAAAAACUUGUUGCAAGUGGAACUGCAAUGAGAAAUGCUUCACCCUCCAUUACGCUUCUGAAAAACCUUAAAAUCCUAUGUUUUUCCAAAUGUAGCAAGGCUGCACAUACAUCAUGGGAUUCUGUUUUCAGUUGUUGUUUGUUGCCAAUGGAAGAAUCCAUCCAUUUCCAGUUACCUAAUUCAUUGCAUGCUUAUUUCAUCUCUUUGACAUCAUUAUGUCUAAGAAAAUGCAAUCUAUCAGAGGAAGGGAUCCCUGAAGAUAUUAGUUGUUUGUCCUCACUCCAACGUUUAAAUUUGGGGGAAAACAAUUUUGUGAGCUUACCAGAUAGCAUCUCCCAACUUAAUCUUGCGGUUCUGUUUUUGGAGGAUUGUAAAAGGCUUGAAUGGUUGCCAAAACUUCCAUUGAGUUUAACACAUGCAUAUGUACAUGGAUGUCCUCAGCUGAAAAAUUUAAAAGAAGAAAUAUGGACUUCUGAUAGGGGAUUCACUUUCAUACAUUAUGAGAACUCCUACCAGAUCGAGAAUUCACUCAUAUCCAAUGAAGAACUAUUUCAAAUGCUAUACUCCAAGAUCCUCGAGGCAAGUCACUAUACUUCUUAUGUCUCUUUCUUUGUCAAUAUAUUUAUCAAUUAUUUUUAUUUUCUUUAUAUUCUUUGCCGUAUUGGUCAGGAUAAUAUUUACAAUGGAGAAGUUGAAAAUUUUGGGUUUGAAUGUACAAGAAUUCCUGAGUGGUGCAGACAACAAAAUAUUGGGUAUUCAACAGGAAUCCAACUUCCUCUAGAGGAUACUGGUAAAGCUUGGAUGGGAUUUGCCACAUUUGCUGUAUUUCAAUUUCAGGAAGGUGACAUCUUGCGUGGAGAUGGAGAGUUAUCUGCUUGUUUUCAUUUUGAUACCAAUAAAGGACAUCUUGGAUUUGAGCAUUUUGACAUGGAGAAUCGCCAGAUUUCAGGGGCUGGACCAUAUGGAGUCUGGAUCUAUGUUCCACGAGACAAAUUCGGGCAAAAUUUGAACAAAGCAAGUGACGUUGCAGCUUCAAUUUCAACGCAUGGAUCACAUAUAAAUGUAUAUAUGUGUGGAAUGCAUAUAGUAUUUAAUGAAGAUAUGCCAGACUUCUGCAGAAAAAUAGCUCAGCUACUAAAUGAAAGUACAUUCCUGACAUAUAAAAUUAUAAGAAAACCAAUGGUGGUAGCAAAAUUUGAAACACCUAGGGGUGCCAUAGAAUUUCAAUCCUACCCACUUAAACGAGUCAGAGAGGAAAACUACAGAAGUAACACAGAGUCUGAUUUAGACAGAAAGACGACAAGAGAUCUACAAUGGUUGGUUCCAAUACUUGUUCAGCGAUGCUAUGCACAUAACUAUUGUUUCGCUUUUCAUUUUCCUCUGAAAGCGUUUCCGACAUGGUUCUUCCAUCACAGUGUGGCUUCCUCCGUAGUUUGUGAUGUUCCUAUGAACUUAUUUGAUGAGAAGCCAUGGGUAGGAUUUUGUCUAUAUGUUCAACUUACUUGGCCUAACAAUUAUUUGGAUUCACAAACUCCACUGCACCUUGGUUUCCAAUUUCAAGUCUAUGGAGAUGAUGGUGAUAUGUGUACAAUUGAGUAUACUAUCGCCAUUAAACAUAAACUUAUAUUAUUGACCAUGCCCCGAGUUUAUAUCAGAGCAGUGUUGAAUCAAUGUCCAGGAGUAAGGGCUUUGUUUACAACGAGUAACCCAGAUGUAGAGGUUGAACUGUGCGGGAUCAGACCAGUAAAUGAGCAAGAUUUGGGAAAUUUAAUUCAACUGAUAACUGACAUCACUCUAAGUAGCGGUCAUUUUUGCUAUGAAGAAUUUGGUCAGCUUUUUGAGGAAUCCCCUAGUGCAGUUGAAUUUGUUGAGCCCAAAGUAGAGAUACCUAUCGAUUUUGAUUAUUAUGAAAGGGAAUCCUUGAAAGAGAUUUUAUUAGGUUCUAAACACUUCUGUCAAGAAUUUGAUGAGCUUGUGGAAGAUUUCUCUAGUGCAGUUGAAUUUGGUGAGGCGCCCAAAAUAGAGUUACCUAUCGGUUUUGAUUAUUAUGAUAGGGAAUCAGUGAAAGAGAUUUUGGCAAGUAAUAAACGCAUCUCUUAUUUUCCUUUUACAUUGAGGGAAAAAGUGGGACGGCCUCGUUUAGAAUCUUCCUAUCAAGUAAUUCCAGUAUGCACUCCAAAAGAAUCAUAUCCUGCUUGCAUCAACUUACAGAUUGUGGCAGAGAAUGCACUUAAAGUAAGUGAUCCAAUAAAGUGGCAAAGAAGAAUUGAGGAAUCACUUGAACAACUCAUCGAGUUUGACGUUGUCAUUGCUCUCAUUCUCAAAGGGCAUAUCAUAUCUGUUUUGAAGCCCUUUCAUCCUUUCUCAAAUUAUAACUUCUGUUUCCCACAGAAGGAGAUUCUGGAUUGGUUUGAAGGUUAUCAGGUUAAAGAUCGAAGCAUGAAAAUUAAAGUACCUUCAAAUUUGAAUGAUGAUGAGAAUUGGAGGGGGAUAGCUGUUUGUGUUUCUUUUUCAAUACAUGAACAUCCAACUAUCAUGCUCAACUACAAGAGUUUAGAAUUCUCUUUUCAACUAAAAUGUGAUUUGAAGACUGAAGAACAUUGUUUCCCGCCUGCCAAGUUUCUGACCAAUAAGUUCAAAUUCACUUGGUUAUGCAUACGCAGAUUCAUAUGGUUAACGUACAUACCAAGUAAUGUGUUUGCAGGGCACUUGAAUGAGAAAAACUACUUAAAGAUUGUCAUCUUUAAUAAUUGCCCUGAUGUGGUUGCAAGGAAUCUAGGAGCACGUUUCUUAUACCAGCAAGAUGUGGAAGAGCUUAAACAAUCAAUAGCCAAAUGCUCGACCUCAUUCUUUGAUAAUUUGGAUCCUAUUCGUCAAAUUAUGACUCAUCAACACCAUGAAAGCUUUUUUCACUUUAACCAUGGUUGUUUAAAACAUUUGGCUGAAAUAGCUGCAUAUCGUGGCUUUGAAAAUGAAAAUCCAUCUCUUGCAGCCAGGACAGAAUCCAAUUACCUAAGAAAAGGUGGACUGGAAUUUGAUCAAGACAUGAUAUAUGACUCAUGUUUCCCACUUACUGAAAUUCUAGACUGGUUUGGACAUCAAAAUAGUGGCUCUUCAGUGACAAUUCAACUACCAUCAUACGUAUAUAGUGAUGGUAAUUGGAUAGGAUUGGCUCUAUGUGCAUAUUUUUCAGACCUCCAACAUUCAACUACCUCCCUAGAUCAAGAAUUUCAUCUUAAACUUACAAGCCAAAUUAAAACUGAGAAGGUUGGUGUAGAAUCUCAGCAUGAGUUUGAAAUAACCAAUGAGGAAUUGAAGAAGUUGAAUAGUGGAGAAUUUAUAUGGGUGUCCUAUAUACCACGUCUCUGGUUUUCCGAUCAGUUGAAUCAAUGCAGUCUCAUUGAGGCUUCGUUUGCAAGCGGAAGACAAGAGUUGUCUUCCUAUAAGUGUGGUCUGCGCCUUCUAUACCAGCAUGACGAGGAAGAGUUCAAGCAGACAAUAAGCCACUGCACGGCCUUAUUGUCUGACAGCAUAUCAGACAGCUUUACUCAAGAACCCUCGACAAGAAGAACUGGAAGGACAACCAAACAACCAGAACGAAAAGACAAAGGUAAACAAAUAAUUCUGCAAUAACAUCUCUGCCUCUCUCCUUAAUCACCAUCAGGCUGCAGCUGAUAAUUACACAUCUCUGUUCUCAAGCUCCAAUCUCACUGCCUUGUUCAUUCUCUAGUACUGUAACUCUAUGUUUGCAUUUUAUUAUAUAUAAUUAAAAGUUGUGCUGCUUAAAUGUUUAAUUUUAUUGGUUGAUCAGUACACCUACAGCUCCUUAGUCUGUCGGUUUCUUUGUUUCUCAUUGUGAUUAGAUGUGAACAUAACUUUGAUUU